AUGCGCAUUUGUGGCUUGAUGGCUACCGGACAGAGGCAGCGUUUUGAUUGUGGUUGUAAAGGAAUACGAACUUGCCUGAGAUGCGAGCAAGAGCAGUCUAAGCAAAACAUACUGCAUAAGAAUGAGCUGAUACAUUAUGAUUUCACCUAUGAUCCCAUGUCGAAGUCAGCAGUCCAAGAGGACAAAGGUGUUCAACAGUCCUUUGCGUUUCCUGGAGUGUUUUUGUGGGAGGAUUUUGUCUCGGAAGAUGAAGAGAAAGAGCUAGUCGCAAGAAUGGACGAAAAUGUCUGGAAAGAGUCUCAAUCAGGCCGACGGAAACAGGACUUUGGGCCAAAGGUGAACUUCAAAAAACAGCGGGUCCGUGUGGGGGACUUCACUGGCCUCCCCGCGAUCAGCAGUUACCUGGUUAAUAGGAUGACACAGGCACCUUUGUUGUCCUCCUUCAAACCAGUAGAACAGUGCAACUUGGACUAUGAUCCAAUGAGGGGCUCUGCAAUUGACCCUCACUUAGAUGACAGCUGGUUAAGGGGAGAGCAUUUGGUAACCAUUAACCUGCUCUCUAACACCGUCUUCACAAUGAGUUUGGAUAGAGGAUGGGGAGACAUGGACAAAGGGGAGGUGAGAGUGGCAGUGCAUCUACCGCGGAGAUGUUUGGCUGUACUUUAUGGAGAGGCACGGCUUCGAUGGAAACAUGCCAUUCACAGAAAAGACAUUCACAGCCGUAGAGUGUGCAGUACCUUCAGAGAGCUGUCGGCUGAGUUUCUACAGGGUGGGGUACAGGAAAAGUUGGGAUCUGAGUUGUUAGAUAUUGCACUGAGCUUCAAGGGUGUACCACUGUAAGCCAUCUCUGCCUAUUUAUGUCCAAAGUGAAAUGUAUGUUCAGUUUUCUUAACACACAACUGUAAAGUGAUGAUUUUUUUAUUCUAAUUUAUAUAAACACUAUUUACAUUGUACACCGUGUUCUGUUGGAUAAAAUAAGUUGGAGUUUUGAAUGCAAUCAUUUAAUUCAAGAAGCCUUUUAAACGAUUAAUCAACUAUAUUGAAUAAAAAUAGUUCUAUCUGUGCCUUUUACAUUAAAUCUAAAUAUUUCACGUUUCGGUUUAAAUUUGUGUGCUUGAAACAUGACUUAAUACCUGCUCAAUAUGGCAGAAUUGUGUUGAUGCCACAACCAAAUAAAGA